AUGAGGGCCAAGAUUUUGCCAGCAAAAGACUGGCAGUUGCCUUUUUCAGUUGUAGAUACGGGCUAUGCUGGUAUCUGUGAGCUGUUGUGGAACCUUUCCUUCAUUCCAAAUAGACUGGAAUACCUCUUUCACUUUCUGCAUCAUGGCUGCGACACCUGCUUUGAACACUUUAGCGGGGAUUGCGUUUGGUCCUGGCACUUUGCCAGGUGAGAGUUUUUUGAUGGCCUUUUGGACUUCUCAAGGUGGGCAGCUUUUCAAGAUGGUGAUUGAACUCCACUUGAGAUAGGCGGGCAAUGGUAUCAUCACUGAUUUGAGCAGGGCGGUUAAGGACCUGAUCAAUAUAUUCAACCCGUUUCUCCAAGAUCUUCUUCUCAGUCAGCAGUUGAGUCCCAUCUGUACCGAGGAGGGCGGGAGGAGCCAGUUGCUGUGGUCUUUACUAAACAGUCUUCAAGCCAUCAUGAAGCGCUUGCUGUAAUGGAUGUCUGCGUAGCUCUGGAUUUCAUUGGCCUUCUUGCCGUACCACGCGUCCUGUAUCAAGCG